GCCCCCUUGCACUUCCGUGUGCAGCGGCUCGAGAGAGGGAGGCGGCGGCACCGGGAUCCCCGGAGCGACCCCCGGCAUCCGCCCGCCGCGCUGAGGCCCAGACGGGGACUCACCGGCCUCCGGGCCCGUCCCGGUCGGGCCCGCACCGACCCCUGUCCGCGCGCGCGCCGGGGAACCGCGCCGGGAGCUGGACCCCAGCCGCCGCGACCCCUGGCGCCUGGCCGUGCGCGGGAGGUCUGCGUGGAGCUGGCCCAGGUGAGGGCGGCGGGCCUCCUUCUGGUGGUGGCUGUGUGGUGGUGGCUGCAGCAGGAGCCAGGACUGACGGCAAGGGGGAGCCAGGAGCCCCAGCCCCACUGCAGGCCCCAACAUGGCGCCGUUCCUGCGCAUUGCCUUCACCUCCUAUGAGCUGGGCUCCCUGCAGACUGCCGAUGAGGCCAGCCAGCCCUUCUGUGCCGUGAAGAUGAAGGAGGCGCUCAGCACAGAGCGCGGGAAGACGCUGGUGCAGAAGAAGCCCACCAUGUACCCCGAGUGGAAGUCCACAUUCGACGCCCACAUCUACGAGGGCCGUGUCAUCCAGAUCGUGCUGAUGCGGGCCGCCGAAGAGCCGAUGUCCGAGGUGACAGUGGGCGUAUCGGUGCUGGCUGAACGCUGCAAGAAGAACAACGGCAAGGCGGAGUUCUGGCUGGACCUGCAACCCCAAGCCAAGGUGUUGAUGUCUGUGCAGUAUUUCCUGGAAGAUGUAGAUUGCAAACAGUCUAUGCGCGGUGAAGACGAGGCCAAGUUCCCAACAAUGAACCGCCGUGGAGCCAUCAAACAGGCCAAAAUCCACUACAUCAAGAACCACGAGUUUAUUGCCACCUUCUUCAGACAGCCCACUUUCUGUUCUGUGUGCAAAGACUUUGUUUGGGGUCUCAACAAGCAAGGCUACAAAUGCAGGCAAUGCAACGCUGCAAUCCACAAGAAAUGCAUCGACAAGAUCAUCGGCCGGUGCACGGGCACCGCGGCCAACAGCCGGGACACCAUAUUCCAGAAAGAACGUUUCAACAUUGACAUGCCGCACCGAUUCAAGGUUUACAACUAUAUGAGCCCCACCUUCUGUGACCACUGCGGCAGCCUGCUCUGGGGGCUGGUGAAGCAGGGCUUAAAAUGUGAAGACUGUGGCAUGAACGUACAUCAUAAGUGCCAGAAGAAGGUGGCCAACCUCUGUGGCAUUAACCAGAAGCUCCUGGCUGAGGCGUUGAACCAAGUGAGCCAGAGACCCUCCCGGAAGUCAGAAACAGAGACUGUUGGAAUCUACCAGAAUUUUGAGAGGAAGCCAGGAAUCUCUGGAGAUAUUGUCCCAGACAACGGGACCUACGGCAAGAUCUGGGAGGGCAGCACCAGGUGCAACAUUGAGAACUUCACCUUCCACAAGGUCCUGGGCAAAGGCAGCUUUGGGAAGGUGCUGCUUGCAGAGCUGAAGGGCAAGAAGGAGUUCUUCGCCAUCAAGGCCCUCAAGAAGGACGUGGUUCUGAUUGAUGACGAUGUGGAGUGCACCAUGGUGGAGAAGCGGGUGCUGGCACUCGCCUGGGAGAAUCCCUUUCUCACCCACCUCUUCUGCACGUUCCAGACCAAGGACCACCUGUUCUUCGUGAUGGAGUUCCUCAAUGGGGGGGACCUGAUGUACCACAUCCAGGACAAAGGCCGCUUCGAGCUCUACCGUGCCACGUUUUAUGCAGCCGAGAUAGUCUGUGGACUACAGUUUCUGCACAACAAAGGGAUCAUUUACAGGGACCUCAAGCUGGACAACGUGAUGCUGGACCAGGAUGGCCACAUCAAGAUUGCUGACUUUGGGAUGUGCAAGGAGAACAUAUUUGGGGAGAAGCAGGCUAGCACCUUCUGUGGCACCCCUGACUAUAUCGCCCCCGAGAUCCUGCAGGGCCUGAAGUACUCAUUCUCCGUGGACUGGUGGUCCUUUGGAGUCCUUCUCUACGAGAUGCUCAUCGGUCAGUCCCCCUUCCAUGGUGACGAUGAGGACGAGCUCUUUGAGUCCAUCCGUGUGGACACACCACAUUAUCCCCGCUGGAUCACCAAGGAGUCCAAGGACAUCCUGGAGAAGCUGCUUGAAAGGGAUACAACCAAGAGGCUGGGAGUGAACGGGAACAUGAAAAUCCACCCCUUCUUCAAGACCAUCAACUGGACUCUGCUGGAGAAACGGGCUGUGGAGCCGCCCUUCAAGCCCAAAGUGAAGUCCCCUGGAGACUACAGCAACUUCGACCAGGAGUUCCUGAACGAGAAGGCACGCCUCUCCUACACCGACAAGAACCUCAUCGACUCCAUGGACCAAACGGCAUUCGCUGGCUUCUCCUUCGUGAACCCCAAAUUUGAGAGAUUCCUGGAAAAGUGAGGUUUCCAGACAUGCCCCCCAACCCACCCCAGCCAGGGAGCCUGGGUCAGCCAGCAUGGCCUGCCCACACAGCCUGGGCAGAGCAGGCUGGGCGGCAUCCCCCUUCAUCGGCCCCCCACGAUAAGCAACAGUGUGAUUGUCUGGUUCCUGCUGCUGCCGCCCCGUGGCCCUCAACAGGGGCCUCAGCUCCUGUCUGGCUGGGCUCUUAUGGCACUUCUGUGAACCGUGUGUGAAUUUGCUUUUCCUCUGCCAUCAGAGGGAAGUUGUAAAUCCUGUGUUUCAUUACUUGAAUGUAGUUAUCUAUUGAAAAAAUAUAUUAUAUAUAUAUACACACACACACACACACACACACACACACACACAUAUAUAUAAUAGGCUGUAUAUAUUGCUCAGUAGAGAAGAAACGUAUAGGGGACUGGUGAUGUGUUGAUUUUUUAAAAAUAUAUAUAUAUACAUACACACACACACAUAUAUAUAGGAACAAAAAAACAAAACAGGAGCACAAACUGUUUGAACCACCAGGUUCUUUUAUCUGUGUGUCUAAAUAAACACCGAAUGGUACUGAC